UCUCUCCUUUCCCAAAAGAAAAAAAAGAAAAAAAAAAAAAAAAAAAAAAAAUCGGAGAAGGGGGGAGAAAAAAAGAAAGGUCUACACAGGAAAAAAGGUGGUCCCACUCCGAAAACACCGUUUCCAAGCAGGCGGUCUCAAUUUCAUACUUUUCUUCUUGUAUCGCUUCGUUUCUGUAGUGAUACAAACAAGUUAACAACCAUUAUUUUUGGACUCAACAUGUUCAUGUUAGCAAAUACUAAGGAGAUGCUAUCUUUCUAGCCGGAUUAAAGUUUUAGAAAUGCGGUAAAAUGGAGAGAAGAGCUGAAUCUGGAGUGAAGAGGCUGGCGCUGGGAAUCUCGCCUUCUUAACGUUACUCCCACUAUCGCCCGUAAGAAAAUCCCUCUUAAGAUUUACUCUUGCAAAUUUCACACGACUGGAUUUAAGGCAAUUCUGGGCUGUUGUUUGGAGGGGUAACUGACUGUGGGCCUGGACGCGUCCCUUCGUGGCGUUUGCCGGUGUGGCACUGCACCGUGCACCGAUUGGAUGUUGCCUGGGAGCUGAGGAUGUGCUGCUGGCACCAGGAAGGAAGGAUUUUGAUGUGAUGGGGUGCAGGACGAGCAAAGUCCUCCCAGAGCCACCCGCUGACGUCCAACUUGACCUAGUCAAAAAGGUAGAGCCGCAUCAGACUGAUGUCUAUAAAAACUUCAUCAAAAGUGACAGUGGCGGGGAAAAAACAGGCUCGCCAUCCCCUCAGGGUCAAAGCCAGGCUGCUGCGAAGGUGAGCCAGUCCCCUCCUCCGACUAAUGGCCAGCCGGAGCCUGCUGACCCACACCGGAAAAAAGUAGCCAAAUACAGGGCCAAAUUUGACCCUAGAGUGACUGCUAAAUAUGAUAUCAAAGCUUUGAUAGGCCGGGGCAGUUUCAGUCGUGUAGUACGAGUGGAACACAGAAGCACACGGCAGCCGUAUGCCAUCAAGAUGAUCGAGACUCGCUACCGUGAGGGCAGAGAAGUAUGUGAAUCUGAACUUUGCGUGCUGCGACGGGUGCGCCACACCAACAUCAUCCAACUGAUGGAGGUGUUCGAGACAGCUGAGCGGGUCUAUAUGGUGAUGGAGUUGGCCACCGGCGGAGAACUGUUCGACCGCAUCAUCGCCCGCGGGUCUUUCACCGAAAGGGACGCCACGCGGGUGCUGCAGAUGGUUCUCGAUGGGGUGAAGUACCUCCAUACGUUAGGCAUCACGCACAGGGACCUAAAGCCUGAAAACUUGCUUUACUACCAUCCUGGUGCUGAUUCCAAGAUCAUGAUCACAGACUUUGGCUUGGCCAGCACGCGGAAGAAAGGUGACGAAUGCCUGAUGAAGACUACCUGUGGAACACCUGAGUACAUCGCUCCGGAGAUACUCGUCCGAAAGCCGUACACUAAUGCAGUAGACAUGUGGGCGCUGGGAGUCAUCUCCUACAUACUGCUCAGUGGAACCAUGCCUUUUGAGGAUGACAAUCGCAUGCGCCUGUACCGACAGAUCCUCAAAGGGAAAUACAGCUUCUCCGGAGAGCCAUGGCCAAGUGUUUCCAACCUUGCUAAGGACUUCAUUGACCGUGUCCUCACGGUGGAUCCCACUGAGCGUCUGACUGCGGGCCAGGCACUUAAACACCCUUGGAUCGUCAGCAUGGCUGCUUCCUCCUCCAUGAAGAACCUGCAGCGGUCCAUUUCCCAGAACCUCCUGAAGAGAGCGUCAUCACGCUGCCACAGCACCAAAUCAGCACAGUCCACUCGCUCCAGCCGCUCCACGAAGUCCAGCAAGGCGCGACGCGUUCGCGAGAAGGAGCUGCGAGAACUCAAUCGCCGUUACCAGCAGCAGUGUAACGGUUGAGAGCGACGUACAUGAAAAACAUCAGAAAGAGCAGAACAACAUUGUGCCUCAAUUUAGAUGUCAACUUCCUGCUCCAUCACCACAGAGCCAAUUAGCAGAAAACCUCCUUCUAAACUUUUCGUUCAUUUACUAUUUUUCUGCUGUUUCUCUCUUGUUUAUUACCUUUUAUGUGAGUGUUUUAUUUAUUUAUUGUUGAUGUAUGUUGUCUUUGGAAAUUAUCUCAUUCUGCCUUUUACCUGAUUGUAUCUGUUGAACAGAAUUGUACAAAAGUUGCUGGAAGGACUAAGAAUACACCUUCCUGAUAUUUGCUGUGAAUUAUUUGUUACGGUACCCAGCCAGAAGAUUGCUCUUCUGAUGGGGGAAAUGUGCUGUUUAUUCAUUAUUAGCAACAAAUCACAUGACCGUGUGAUAGUUUAUUGUGCCUUAAUAUCACUUUGAAUAUGAUGGAAAGGUAAGAAUCAAAUAGUUGGUAAUUGCUUUGGAAGUAACCACGUAUAUAUCACAUUUGUAAUGAUACACACAUUGUAAUCUCUUAAUAUUGCGCCUGGUUAGUUAUGAUCCUUAAAGGGGUAGUUCCCACAAAUAUGACAAUUCUGUCUACGUUUUCUCAUGAAAGGAGCAGAAAAGAUAUUUUGAAGAACUGUUUUUUUGUCCGUACAAUGAGUCCAAGUCAGUGGGGUCCAAAACAACAGUAGACCCCUGACUUUAAUUGUAUGGCCAAAAAACCAAACCAAAAAUAGAUUUUCAUAACUUUCUUUCAUAUUAUGCAGAAAUUAAGAAGUCAUACAGGUUUAGAAAUGACAUGAGGAAUAAAAAAAGGUAAUUGCAACUCUUUAUCUCACAAUUUGGCCUUUUUUAUAAACUCACAUACAGAACUGCAAGAUAUAAGAAUUGUGAGAUAAAAAAGUAGCAAAUUCAGACUUUUUAAUGUUUGAAUUGAGAUAUGAACUAUCAAUUACCUUUUUUUAAAUUUUUCAUUCUGUGGCAGAAACAGGCUUUCAUCAUGAGGGUGAUAAAACAAUGACAGAAUUCAAAUUUUUGGGUGAACAAUACCUUUAAGUUGGUCCAAAAAUAUCAAAGAGCUCUACAUUGCCCAAUAUCUGUUUAUCCUGAAUGGGAAAAUACUGUCCCUUUUUCGAGCCUUUUUCUGCAACCCUACUAAUAUGGACUCUAAUGUUAACAUCGGUUGUUAAAACCUGUUGGAAAAAUACGCAGAAAAAUAGUCCAAGAUUUGGCUUUAAGUCUUUAGAUUUGGUCAGUGAACAAACCUACCGUGAUUCUUGACUUCUACUCUUGGAUCUGUCUGUACAUGUGUUGCAGUAAUUAAUCAUACUAACUGAUAUUGAUUGCUCUCUCAGUAUGGGCGGCCAGUAUCGGGAAGCCCUGAAUCAGAAUCGGUUACUUUCUCUGUCACCAGCUGUUGUGCCUUGAGCAAGGCACUGAACCACCAUGAAGGCCUUUUGGCAGCCUUUUCACUCUCACCCCCCUCUGUCAGAAACUAGUAGAGAUGUGCCAAAGAAAUUCCUGUGUGCCUGUAUUAACAAGGAACAUUUGGUGAGAUCUGAAAUAUGAUUACUCGUGAAAAUAAUUGCUGUUAAAACUGUGAUGAUACGAGGACUUCUCAAAAUAUGUUCUUAAAUCUGUUCUGUUUAUUAUAAAACCUUGUAUCAAAAAAGUGAAGGUGAAAAGGAAUGUGUGUAUUUGACUUGCGUCCUGUUUCACAGCAAGUGCCUUGAAUUUGUUUUACAAGUAAUAUUACGAAAAAAUUGCAACAUCACAGUAUUUGAGUACAGAAAUAUUCUUGUUUUUGGUUUCUUCCACGUUCUUUUACUUUUAAGCUUGUGUAACUUAGAAAAAUAUAUUUUCUUCUUUUUGGGUACAUUUAUUGGUUAAAUUCAACAAUUUUUGAGGGUUCGUAUGUGAGUGUUAAGGCUGUCAUACAUGUUCAUUUUAAUUCAGUAGUAUCCAGUAAAAUAUUUCAUUAAAAAUCGAAGAAGACUUUGGGAAGACCACUGUUUGUAUAUGCCUUUAUACCCCAAAUAUUUUUCUCUCUCAAGAUAAAAAGCUAUUUUAUGUGCUUGUUAAAAUUUAUCUGAUCUUCUAGAACGUCAAAUUGAGACUAGUAAAGAAAAUGCUCUUAAAAGUGCAAAAAUAUUUUUUGAUUUAGUGUAUCACCAAUAUUCAUGUAAGGAAUGUGUGUUUGUAGCUGCAGUUGAAAUAAAACUGCAACUGUUGUCCAUUUGUUGAAUUCAAUCCAACACUGUCUCUUGAAAGUAAGUGUUUCAUUCCUUCUUGUCAAUUUUAAUA